AUGACGAUUUAUCUGAAAGAAAGAUUUGGCUAUUUUUUGAAUAACAGAUGGCUCGUGUUCGUUGCUGCAAUGUGGAUUCAAAUUUGUGCGGGGAUUGUAUUCCUAUUCGGCAGUAUUUCUCCAGUAAUUAAAAUCUCUCUGAAUUACAAUCAGAAACAGAUUGCUCGAUUGAUUGUGGCAAAAGAUUUGGGUUAUAGUCUUGGAUUUUUAGCUGCUACUUUGUGUGAAAUUUUUCCCUUAUGGGCUGCACUUCUUGUUGGUGCUAUCCAGAAUUUUAUUGGAUAUGGUGGGAUUUGGCUUAUUGUUACUCGAAGAACUGCACCUUUGCCAUUAUGGGCUAUGUGCAUUCUUAUAUUUGUAGGAACAAAUGGUGAAACCUACUUCAACACAGCAGCUUUAGUCUCUUGUGUGGGAAAUUUCCCGAAAAGUCGUGGUCCUGUAGUUGGGAUUCUUAAGGGAUUUGCUGGGUUAGGUGGUGCUAUUUUAACUCAGAUAUAUGCAGUAAUCCAUUCCCCGGAUCACGCUUCACUUAUAUUUAUGAUUGCCGUUGCACCAGCAAUGGUGAUUAUAGCUCUCAUGUUUAUAAUCAGGCCUAUUGGAGGCCAUAGACAAGUUAGGCCUUCUGAUGGUUUAAGUUUUUCAUUUGUUUACAGUAUAUGCCUCCUUUUAGCUUCUUACUUAAUGGGAGUUAUGCUUGUUGAAGACUUUAUUGAUGUUAGCCAAAAUGUUAUUAUAAUCUUCACAGUUAUUCUAUUUGUUAUCUUGAUAAUUCCUAUUGUGAUCCCUAUCUAUUUGAGUUUCACUCAAGAGCCAAUAGUAGUACAAGAAGAAGAGGCACUUCUAUCUCAGUCAGGUGAUCAGGGUCCUGGCAGAUCAGAACACGGCGAUGGUCAAGAAAUUAUAUCAUGUGAGGCUGAAGAGGAGAAGCCGAAGGGAGUAGACUUGCUUCCUGCUUUAGAAAAGCAAAAAAGACGAGGUCCUUGUAUGGGAGAGGACUUUACUUUAGUCCAGGCUUUAAUAAAAGCAGAUUUCUGGCUUAUGUUUUUCUCAUUGCUUUUUGGUUCUGGAUCUAGUUUGACUGUCAUUGAUAACUUGGGACAGAUGAGCCAAUCUUUUGGAUACGAUAACACACAUGUAUUUGUUUCCAUGAUUAGCAGAUGGAAUUUCCUUAGACGUAUUGGCAGUGGAUACUUUUCUGAGAUAAUCGUCAGGGAUAAUGCAUAUCCAAGGCAUGCAGCGUUGGCUAUUGCUCAAGUCGUGAUGGCCUUUGGUCAUUUCUUCUUUGCUAUGGGUUGGCCUGGAGCUAUGUAUAUUGGUACUCUUUUGGUUGGACUUGGUCAUGGAACUCAUUGGGCGGUUGUGCCAGCCGCUGCUUCUGAAUUGUUUGGGUUAAAGAAUUUUGGGUGUGUGUACAAUUUCCUCACUAUUUCCACACCAAUUGGUUCAUUAGUAUUCUCAGGUCUUAUUGCUAGUAGUAUUUAUGACAUGGAAGCUGAAAAGCAAGCUCAACAACCCCAUGAAGGACGCUUGAUGGCAUCGGUUUUGACAAGAUUUUUGAACAUGGAUGAACCUCUAAAGUGUGAAGGUACCAUUUGUUUCUUCUUGACUUCCUUGAUAUUGUCAGGACUCUGCAUUAUUGCAGCUGUUCUAAGCAUGAUUCUGGUGUACCGAACAAAGACUCUGUACGCUAAUCUGUAUGGAAGAUCUCGUAUGUAA